AUGCAUGAUGGUUUUUGAGUGUCAAAGAUGGCGGCUCGCUGUUUGGUCUUGAGAUGUGCCAGACUUUGGAGCAGAAAUAGCAGUUUCAAGCCAGCUUUUAUUCGAUCACAAAGCAUGCUGAGCAAAGAAAGAGAACCUCCGAAUGGUUUUUUAUUCAACGAAAAGCCACUUAGGCCUGGUGAGAAGAGACAGUGGGAGGACUGGGAAGCCAUCUGGUACCGGUGGUGGGUCAUCAUGAUUGUUGGAGGCGGAGUGUUAUUCUACUUCAAACCUGAUACAAGUCCUAACACCUGGGCUCGUCAAGAAGCCCUGAAGAGGCUCGCUGAGUCAAGUGCUGCUGGGAUAGAUGAAGUGGAUGAAGAAGAGUAGAUUACGUUCUUGUUUUAUUUCUUCUAAUUUCGAGUGUAAAUAAAAAUAACAAAAUUUA